AUGCAUCCCGCCGUCCUCCUCGUCCUCACCUCCGCCCUCCUCGGCACCGCCCACCCAGGCCACCACGAAGAAACCCACCCCUCCCUCCUCGCCUCCCGCCACGCCCACCACGGCCUCGCCCGCCGCGGCCUCGAAGCCUGCUCCUCGUCAAAGGUCUACCGCGACCUCCAAGCCCGCGCCCUCGUCCGCCGCGCCGACGCCAUCGCCUACCACCGCGCCAUCCGCAAGCGCGCCACCGACAGCGCGGGCGUAGGCCACAACCUCACCUCCUCGCACGUCGGCAUCGACACCUCCACCGCGUCCGCGGACCUCUUUGGCUCCAACCACACCUGCAUUCUCGACCCGGAGGGCGAGAUCGGCCCCUUUUGGGUAAAGGGGGAGCACCUGCGCUCCGACCUGCGCGACGACCAGGAGGGCGUGGAUGUCGUUCUCGACGGGCAGUUUAUCGAUGUCGAGACGUGCGAGCCGAUUACGGAUUUGUACUGGGAUCUGUGGAACUGCAAUGCUACGGGCGUCUACUCUGGCGUGCAGAGUUCCAUGAACGGCGAUGUGAAUGACGCGAGUAACCUGGAUAAGGCGUUCCUUCGCGGUAUUCAGAAGACGGACGCCGAUGGUGUGGUGCAGUUUACGACCAAGUUCCCCGGUCACUAUGAUGGCCGCGCGACGCAUCACCACAUGGUCGCUUUCCUCGACGCGACAGUCCUCCCGAACAACACCCUCUCCUCCUCCCACGCAGCCCACAUCGGCCAGCUCUUCUGGGACCAAGACCUCAUCACCGAGGUCGAGUCCCUCUACCCCUACACCCUCAACACCGUCGACGUGACCCUCAACGCUGACGACCACGUCGUCACGAGCCAGCUCGGCUCCAACGCCGACUCGGACCCCUUCUUCGACUACGCCUACCUGGGCGACGACGUCGCCGACGGACUCUUCGGCUGGAUUACGAUCGGCGUCAACCGCUCUGCUUCCUACGAGACCAGCUACGAUUUCGAGUUGACUGAGGCGGGCGGUGUCGCGGUCGAGGGCGAGUCGGAUGGUGGACUGAGUGGUGACAUGCCCAGCGGUGGAAUGCCUAGCGGUACUGGUGCUUUCAGCGGUGGUGCGCCGGCUGCUACUUCCACUGCUGCUGCGACUGCUGCGUGCGCAUAA